GAUAGUAUUUAACGGAGUUGUUUAUAGCAAUAUUUUUCCGAUAAACAUUUUUGCAAGUCUACCCUUUUCACUUACGAUCCUUUUGGGCCCUAGCGGACGAAGCCGCUACCCAUCUUUGCCAAACUGGAAAAGAACCUGUUUCCAGAAAGCAACGAUGGUUGUUAGGAUUAGAUUGUCGCGGUUUGGGUGUAAAAACCGGCCGUUCUACAGGGUGAUGGCAGCCGAUAGCAGGUGCCCAAGAGACGGGAAGCACCUUGAAGUGUUGGGUUAUUACAAUCCUCUGCCUGGACAGGAUGGUGGGAAGCGCAUGGGUUUGAAUUUCGAUAGAGUCAAAUACUGGUUGUCCGUUGGUGCUCAGCCCUCUGAACCGGUUCAACGAAUUCUUUUCCGGGCGGGGCUUCUGCCGCCACCUCCUAUGCUAGCAAUGUCACGUAAGGGUGGGCCUCGUGAUCCUCGUGUAAUUGAUCCUUUAAGCGGCCGCCCUCUUCCUAGUGGUCAGCCAGAAGGUGAUGUCAAGGAAGAUGAAGUUGAAGAUGAAGCAGCAACCUCUUGAAAGAUAUCUUUUGUAGUUGAGAAAUACAACAUAUGGACAAAAUUUUUAAUUACUAGAAUGAUUUUGGCCUUAAUAAUAUAUUCAGAAUGCAUCCUAGUUGGAUUGUA